CCACGGCGCAACAAAUACAAACAAGCAGGCCAACAAACACUGAGGCGACGAAUUCAUCUUCUGAAUCUGGAAGGAAUUUGAUUAUUCCGAGGAUACAAAUCGAGCCAAGCACAAUGGCAAACUGCAAUCGUAGCAUCCGCUUGUGCGGUUGCCUGGUGCUGGUUCUGCUAGCACCAGCGUUCAGUGUCGAAGCAAAAACAGAAAACGUUGUUUAUUCUCUAGAUCAACUGCGGAAUCUAAAAUCGUCGAAAAGUUUCAAGAGCACUAAGGCUACCGGAGCACCUGAGACAGUACCUACUGAUCUAUCAACAACGCCACCCAUUUCUAUUGAAAAGGAAGGAACAUCGCCUAGAGAAGUAAGAACAGUACCUCCUUUAGAUUCUAAAAUGUCAAAGUCAAAUAAGAGUGUCAAGAGCAUCAAGGCUACAGAAGCACCUACGACAAAUGAUCUAUCACCGACGACAACCAUUUCUAUUGAAAAAGACGGAGCAUCGCCUAGAGAAGUAAGAACAGCACCUGUAGAUUCUAAAAUGUCAAAGUCAAAUAAGAGUGUCAAGAGCACCAAGGCUACAAAAGCACCUGUGACAGUACCUACCGAUCCAUCAACAACACCAGCAAUUGCUAUUGAAAAGGAAGGAACAUCACCUAGAGGAGUAACAACAGCCCCUCGUGUAGAUUCUAAAACUUCAAAGUCAACUAAGAGUGUCAAGAGCACCAAGGCUACAGAAGCACCAGUGACAGAACCUACAGAUCCAUCAACAACACCAGCAAUUGAUAUUGAAAAGGAAGGAACAUCACCUAGAGGAGUAACAACAGCUCCUCGUGUAGAUUCUAAAACUUCAAAGUCAACUAAGAGUGUCAAGAGCACCAAGAGCACCAAGAGCACCAAGAGCACCAAGGCUACAGAAGCACCAGUGACAUCACCUGGAGGAGUAAUGACGACGCCCGAUGCAGGCUCUAAAGAGACACGGGCAAAGACGUCAAGAAAAUCAAAUAAAUCAGAGAAAUCGCAUAAGUCAGAAAAGGGCGCAGUAGUUGUGGAGCCAAAGGACAAGGGCGAAACCACGUCACCAAUUCGUUUGCCCGCCAUAUUGCCCACACGAUCACCCACACAAUCACCCACCCGGGCACCCACCAUGUCAAAAGAGGAAAAAGAGAAAUUAAAGAAAAAGAAACGAAAAAAGAAGAGAAAAGAAAAAGAGGAGGAGAACAAGACGGAGGGAGACAAAGAAGAGAAGGGAGACGACACAGCCACAUAUGCUCCAACGCUCUCGCCUACCAAUGCACCAACUGCAUCACCUACCAAAGCCAGCACAACUUUACCCGAGUCGAGUAGCCCGCCAUCGUUACUUCUCGAUGACGUCCCACAGGCCACCCCAUACCCUACUGAAUCUGCGUUUCCUAGUGGCGCUCCUAAUCUUUCUCUUCUUCCAAGUGAUUCUCUUUAUCCUCUCUUGGAAGAURAUGCUGAUAUCCAGUAUACUUUGGCAAAGGAUAGCAAAUUUGAUACCAAGGACUACAAGAAAGACAAACAGGACAAACAUAAGAAGAAGGUCGAUAAGCAUGAUAAGCAUGGCAAGAAAAACGACAAGAAGGACGAAAGCCAAGACGAAGUUGACAAAGAGUACGAGGACGAAGACGAAGAUGAAGAGGAUGAGGAUAAAAACCAUAAGGAGGACAAGAAGCAAGAGGACAAGAAGCACGAGGACAAGAAGCGCAAGAAACGCAAGAAACGCAAGGAGAAGGUUGACAAGCAUGAUAAGCAUGUCAAGAAUGAUGACCAUGAUGAGAAAAACUACAGAAAGGAAAAGAGCCACGACGAAGACGACGAUGAGGAAGAGUAUGAUGAGUACGAAGAAAACGAAAACGAAGAGAAGGAUGAGAUAGAGUACGAAGAAGACGAGGAAACAGACGAGGAAGAGUAUGAACAGGAAGAACAAAACGAAAGCGAAGAGAAGCAUGAGAGAGACUACGAAGAAAACGAAGAAACAGACGAGGACCAGUAUGAACAGGANAGUAUGAACAGGAAGAACAAAACGAAAGCGAAGAGAAGCAUGAGAGAGACUACGAAGAAAACGAAGAAACAGACGAGGACCAGUAUGAACAGGACGAACAAAACGAAAACGAAGAUAAGGAUGAGAUAGAGUACGAAGAAGACGAGGAAACAGACGAGGAAGGGUAUGAAGAGGAUGAGGACGAAUACGAUCAACUUCAGGACCAGGACGAAGAGAAUGUCGAUGGUGAAAAGCCAUCGAGGAAGGAAUUGARAAAGAAGAAAAGGCAAGAGAGGAAGAAGAAAAGACGAGAGAGGAAGAAGAAGAAAAAGAAGAACAAAGACAUAGAACCUGAAAACAAGGAUGGAGGAGGCGAUGAAAACCCGCUAUCCGAUCAGAUCGAUGACGAGGACGAAGAGAAUGUCGAUGGUGAAAAGCCAUCGAGGAAGGAAUUGAGACAGAAGAAAAGACAAGAGAGGAAGAAAAAGAAAAACAAAGAAAAAGACAUCGAGCCCGAAAAUAAAGAUGGAGGAGACGACGAAAACCUGCUAUCGAGGAAGGAAAAGAAGAAGUUGAAUCGAAAGAAGCGAAAGCAAAAGAAAAAGUUAAGGAGAAAAGAAAAACGAGCAGAAUUGAAAUCUGUGUUGAAGGGAGGUGAAGGAGAAGUCGUAGCCGAGGCGCAAGAGGGAGAAGGAGAGUCCGGAGUACCGGAAGACAAGGAAAACAAUGUAGCUAGCAGAAGAAGGAGCAGGAGGAAGAAAAAGAAACUGAGGAAACAAAGGCAGAAAGAAUUUCAGAACCUGGAAGAUAGGUCAUCGAAUGUGAACAUGGAACCGUUCGCGGAGAUAAUAACCGUGUCGGACCCAACGAGGAAGGGAAACGAGAACGACAGCGAGACCASGCUCACCAAGAAGCAACUCCGCCGACGAAAACGAAAGGARCUAAGAAAAAAACUGCUUGAAUUCGGUACAGGUGUGGAGAUCGAUCACGCCAUGACAACCGACCUGAUUUGGGACAAAGUUGCCKUGCUCCAACAGCAAGCGACCAACACCAACAGUGGUGGGCUUCGAGGAACGGGCAGCGACGCGGAGCUAAACGAUUUAUUUUAGUGUUCUUACUAGCRAUGUCGUCUAGUAAUAGUACCCAAGUGUUCGAAGGAACGCUAGUGAAGAUAUCAUAGUAUCACCAAAAAUGAUUUCCGACAAGAACGAAAGCAUUAAAUAUAUGUAUUACCA